AUGCCCACAUUGGAAAAGGCCUUUGAGAUGGCAGAGCCGGACUUCUCUAACCACCUCAAACAACUGAAGCCAGAUUCAGUCAUAAAUGAUAUCAUCCAACCAUGGGUUCCAGAAACUGCUUUGCAGCAUAACAUUCCAGCAGUUGAGUUCGUAAGCACAGGUGCAUAUUUCCCUUUGCCAGAAAUUUAUGUUCAUGAUUAUGAGAAAUCCCAGAUUGCUCAUUUGAUGGAAUCAGCUUUGGACCCGGAGAAAGACAAAGACCAACUUGAAGGGAAGUAUUUUGAUUAUCUUUCUGUUUCUGAUUUACUGGAGAAAAAGAUUGUACCUGUUGGAUCGCUUGUAGAAGAUAUUGUUGUUGAAGACCAUCAGGAGAUCAAUACAAAUACUGGUAGUACCUUAGAUUGGCUCAAUCAGAGAGACAAAUAUUCGACUGUUUUUGUUUGUCUUGGAAGUGAGUUGUUUUUGUCCAAAGAGGGAAUGGAAGAGGUAGCCAUUGGUUUGGAGCCGAGUGAUGUUAAUUUUAUUUGGGUGGUUAGGCUUCCAAAAGGAGAGGAAAUAAGGGUUGAAGAAGUAUUGCCUGAAGGUUUUCUUGAAAGGGUUGGAGAGAACGGAAUGGUGGUGUGA